AAAAAGUAAAACUUUUUUCUAUUAAAAAGAAAGAAAGAACUUAAAUCUCAUAUAUAAAAAAUUAAUUAAAAUUUAGGUCUCCAACUUAUUUUUUGCUUUAGGCCACUAAUUAGCCUGAGCAGUCACUGUGGAUAGCUAGCUAUUGAACAUAAGGAGAAUAGGAAAUCAGAAUUUCUUGUGAAAUUUGAUGGUACUAAUAUGGAAAGAAGAUGGAGAUUACAACAAAUUGUUGGUUAAGCUGUACUACAACUCUAUGCUCGGUACGCUUGUUUGGAAUGACGAACCAACUUCGAACAUUGAAGGAUGGGGUUUCGAUGAUAAUGAAUCUUGGAACAAACUGUGGGUUGUCGCACCUCCCCGGGAUAUCGAUAGAAUACUGGGACUAUCGAUUGAGGGUCAUAUCAUUGUUGAAUACGACGACAGACUAGUAUUCAUUAUUUGUCAAGGUCCUCAUGAAGUUUUUGUGGGGUCACCACAUAUCAAGAUUCAAAUUGGUGAGAGGAGGACGGACAUUGGGGAAGAGGGUUCAUUUGAGGUUCUAGAAAUGGAGGAGAGUCCAUUAGUCCUGGAAGGAAUGACUAUCGUACUUGAUGACAGGAGCUGGAGUUAUCAGGAUAUAAGAGAUUACAUCAACUAAACAGAGAGAUCAUUUGGAUUUUGUUGGCCUCCGUAGAUAUUACUUCUACUAAAAUACAAAGAGAUGAAGAGAUGUAAGUCAUUGUCUGUUCUUAUAAAUUCUUUCUUGUUAUAGAGAGAAACAUUACUUUACUCUCAUGCUUGCAAUUUUGAUAUUUCUCCGACGGCUUUAACAUUUUUGUAAUGGCUAUAUUGUU